UGACAUUUCUUCAAUAUUAAUGGUGGAAAAUGUAAAUAAAUAUGAUUGGAACAUAUUAUUUCGUAAUAGUAGGACAUAAUGAUAAACCUUUAUUUGAAAUGGAAUUUACAAACAGUAAGGACCCAAAGAAAGAAGAUCACAGACAUUUGAACCAAUUCAUCGCACAUUCCGCUUUGGAUUUGAUAGAUGAACACAAAUGGAAAUCUCACGCUAUGAAUUUAAAAUCUAUAGAUAAAUUCAAUCAGUGGUUCGUUUCGGCUUUCAUAACGGCGAGUUUAAUAAGAUUCGUUAUCGUACACGAUAAUCGAAAUGACGACGGUAUUAAAAAUUUCUUUUCGGAAAUAUACGAAGCGUACAUUAAACAUUCCAUGAAUCCUUUUUACGAGGAAGACACCCCGAUCAAGUCUCCAGCUUUUGAAAAAAAAGUGCAAAUAUACGGAAAGAAAUACCUUUCAAGUUAAUAAAUAAAUAAAUCUAUAUCCAUUA